AUGUCGUGGCUUUUGAAGAAGGUCAUUCAUAAUGAGGCAAUGAAAGAGGACCCGAAGGAGAUCUAUGGAUGGAGGGUUUUCAUGCUUGCCUGCUCGGCUUGUUGUGGAGGAAUGCUCUUUGGCAUGGACUCGGGUAUCAUUGGUGGUGUGCUCACCAUGCCUGCUUUCAAAAGCAAGUACGGACUGGAGAAUGCCUCCAAAGUUGAACAGGCCAACCUAUCAGCCAACAUCGUGUCCACUCUCCAAGCAGGAUGUUUCUUCGGUGCCCUAUUUGCAUCUCCAAUCGCCGACAAAUGGGGGCGAAAGAAGGCACUCAUGGGAGCAGCUGUGGUGUCCGUGCUCGGUAUUGUUAUGCAAUGUGCAGCCAGUGGCCACCUCGAGGCCAUGUAUAUCGGACGACUAGUAACAGGCUUCGGUGUCGGUGCUGCAUCCAUGAUCAACCCCCUUUAUGUCUCUGAAAACGCACCUCGCGCGAUUCGCGGCGGUCUGACUGGCCUCUAUCAACUGUUCAUCACAAUGGGUAUCAUGCUCGCUUUCUGGAUCAACUACGGCUCUCUGCUGCACAUCAAAGGCCCUGCCGUCUAUCUUGUCCCACUAGCAAUGCAGGGUCUACCGGCAGUUCUACUUUUCGCCGGAAUGCUCCUGUGCAACGAGUCACCCCGUUGGCUGGCUAGACAAGACAGAUGGGAAGAAGCACGUGCAACACUGUGCCGGGUGCGUAAUCUGCCAUCUGAUCAUCCUUACCUGGAAGCAGAAUUCCAGGCCAUUGCCACACAACUCGAGCAAGAGCGUGCUCUUGUUGGUGGGUCUGGUUUCUGGGAUCUCAUGAGAGAGAUGUGGACUAUCCCCGGCAACAGGAAGCGUGCCAUCAUCUCGAUCUUCUUGAUGAUUUGCCAGCAGAUGACCGGCACAAACGCGAUCAAUUACUACGCCCCUCAGAUCUUUAAAAAUCUUGGCGUCGUCGGCAAUGCGACAAAUCUCUUCGCAACAGGUGUCUAUGGCAUCGUCAAAAUGGUUGCCUGUGGCGUCUUCUUGAUCUUCGUAGCCGACUCUCUUGGUCGUCGUCGCUCCCUCCUGUGGACAUCCAUCGCACAGGGCUUAGCAAUGCUCUACAUCGGACUCUAUGUGCGCAUUGCCCCACCCGUUGAGGGUGCGCCGGUCAUUCCCGCUGGGUAUGUAGCGCUGGUGUGCAUUUUCCUCUUUGCGGCCUUCUUCCAAUUCGGAUGGGGCCCUGUGUGCUGGAUUUAUGUCUCUGAGAUCCCGACUGCGCGACUGCGCUCGCUGAAUGUUGCUUUUGGAGCGGCAACACAGUGGUUAUUCAAUUUUGUGGUCGCCCGGGCUGUGCCAAACAUGUUGGCAACGGUUGGUGCUAAUGGUUAUGGAACUUAUAUCAUCUUCGCAUGCUUCUGUUUCUCCAUGAGUGUCUUUGUUUGGUUCUUUAUUCCCGAGACCAAAGGUGAGAUUAUCUCAGGUUUGUCUGGGAUUUUGCUGAUUGUGUUCCAGGGUUGUCUCUCGAGAAGAUGGAUGAGCUCUUUGGCACCGCACAGCUCCUCGAUCACAAGACGGCUGACGCAGAGCGAGGAUCCGUGGGAGGUGACACCUCUAUUGGGGAGGUGGGAAAGUCUUCCCAGGCGCAUGUUGAGAGAGUGGCCUAGUAAAUCAUUUCCUAGUUUAGUAUGA